GGUUUUGAGUAUUUAUUUUUUGAGUUUCAUCUGGGAGGCUAUCGCUUACAACAAUGGCUACUCAUCUUGCUACAGCAAAGGCCACCGGGACGACGUCGUCUCAGGAUAAACGACACCGUUCCAUCUUCGAUGUUCCGUCGAAUUUCUUCGACUCUUCUCGCCUUCUUCCUUCUCCACACUCUUCCGUUUCCAAUCACCACACCGUAGACCAAACCCAAACCCUUGAACCCUCCUCAAACGACGUCGUUAUUUUUGAUGAUUCUCAAAACGCUGUAGUUUCCGCGCCUAGGUUGACCUGCAAUACCUGCAGAACUCAAUUUGAUUCCCUCCAAGAUCAGCGUGGCCAUUUCAAAUCCGACAUUCAUCGGUUCAACGUGAAGCUGACAAUUGCGGGAAAGAAUAUUGUGAAGGAAGAAGAUUUUGAGGUGCUGACAUCUGAAUUUGUCAAAGACUAUGAUAUGUCAAGUAUAUCGGGAUCAGAAAGUGAUGAUUCACAAAGUGAAAUUGUACUGCAUGACAAAUCGAGUGAAAAUUUUAAACAGAAACUCUUCUUCCUUCUUCAGACAGGGCUGAGAGUUUCUGUCUGGAAGUGCUUGAUCAUGAAUGUGACUGAAAAUGUAUUGUAUGAUGAUGAAAAGGCGGAGAAUGACGUUGUUCAGAAGUUGAAAUCGCUGACUGCUGAGCCCAGAAACAAUACCCAGUUGAGGAUUGUUCUGCUUGCAUCUGGUGGGCACUUUGCAGGUUGUGUCUUUGAUGGUGAUGUUGUUGUGGCUCACAAGACAUUUCAUAGAUAUGUUGUGCGGGCCAAGGCAGGAAAAAAACAGUCAUCUAAAGAUGCUUCUGGCAGGUCUAUACAUUCUGCCGGGGCCUCACUUCGUCGUUAUAAUGAACUUGCAUUAAAGAAGGAAGUGCAUGAACUGUUUACAGCUUGGAAACCCUAUUUUGAUGUCUCCAAUUGCGUAUUUAUUCAUGCUCCUUCAAGUAGUCGUCAACUGCUUUAUGAUGGAGAAAGACCAUAUUUUGGUAAUCAGCACUGUACUGUUAGAAACAUUGCUUUGAGUGUUCGGAGGCCCACGUUCAGGGAGGUAAAGCGUGUAUAUAGUCAUUUGACUCAGGUAACCUACGAAGGUGAUGAGAAGGAAGUUUUACAGAGCAAACAAGAGGAUUUGGUAUCAGUUCCCAUUUCUAAAAUAAAUGGCAGUCCAAUCUCCAACCAAGGGAAUGGGGCUGCGUUGCAUGACAAAGAUAAAGCUGAAGCUUGUUCAAGUAAGAAAAAUGAUGAACUUUCCAUUUCGAGUAAUGGAGAAAGUGAGAAUGAGCUAUCUGGUAAAUCAACUCCUUUACAUCAGGCAGCCCAAUCUGGUGACUCUGUAAAGGUUUUGGAACUCCUGGAACAGGGCUUGGAUCCUUGCUCCACAGAUGAAAGGGGACGGACCCCAUAUAUGUUGGCACAUGACAAAGAAGUGAGGAAUAAUUUCAGAAGGUUUAUGGCAUCAAAUCUUGACAAAUGGGAUUGGCAUGCUGCCAAAGUACCCAGUGCAUUGACCAAAGAAAUGGAAGAGUCACAAGCUGCUAAGCAGGCAGAAAAAGAUGCUAAGAGAAAAGCAAGAGCAAAGGAAUUAAAGAAAUUGCGUAAAGCAAAAGAAAAGAAGGCUCAGGUUGAAGCCACCUUGCCAAAGAAUGAUUCCAAAACUGUGGAGAAGCAAGUAACAGCUUCAUCAUCGAUAAAGGGACAAUCUCAACUAAAAAGUGGCGUGCAAUUAUCCAAAGAGGACCAAAUAAGAAUGGCACAGGCUGCCGAAAGAGAAAAGCGAGCAGCUGCUGCUGAGAGGAGAAUAGCUGCCCUCAAUAUUCAAGCUAACAGUACAACCGCUGCACCAAGCAUGUCAGGGCCUAAAAGUGGAUUAGCCGGUGACAUUUACUGUUCCUGUUGUAAUUCAUCACUUGCUGGCAAAGUUCCCUUCCACCGGUAUAAUUACAAAUACUGCAGCACAUCAUGCAUGCAUGUACACAAGGACAUCCUAGACGAUCAAUGACAAUGUGUUUAGAUAUUUAAAAUUUUCUUUUUGCAAGUCAAGAUUGCUCCAAAUAUCCAUUUUCUUGACUCGGUUGCAAGUUAUCUUUGAUGGAAAAGGCAAAAAGAAGUGAAGAGUGGUGGGGAGCAGCCGUGGUGGAAGGAUUCAAUGGUAAAUAACAUGAGCUGAUUAUUUCAAAGGAAUACAAAAUUGUUUUCUAAGCAACAUUGAUACAGCUAGAGUCAUAACAGCCAUCUUAGAGCGUUCCCAAUCUGUGUUGUGUCAAGCAUGAACACAGCAAAUGACCAAGUGACAAUUUGGCAUUGGUCCUGUAUUAUGCAUUUUCUUUUUCCGUAUGUGGUUUUUUGUUCGAAGUAUAGUCUCUUGACUUUAUUUUAUCAGGCAUGAAUUGCCUGUUUCUAAAUUAACCAGAUCUGAAAGGUAGAUUAGUUAAGGACUAGAGCUGUAUAACAUACUCUCUCCAUUGGUGGAUAGUAAAAAAGAUUAUUUGGUAUAGCCUCCUCA